AUGGAUAUCGAGAAAAAGCCGUCGACGCCCACAGCAGGGCCUACAGAAGCAAGGCAUUCAGAGGAAGGCAUCGAGAAACUGGGCUAUACACAGGAGCUAAAGCGCAAUCGCUCCCUCCUCACCCUCCUCUUCCAGACCCUCGCCAUUGUCGCCAUCCCCUACGGUGAAGGAGCGCCCCUGAUCAGUGCCAUCUAUGGUGGUGGUCCUCUCUCCAUCUUUGUCGGCUGGAUCGUCGUUUGCGUCGUAGCAGAAUGUGUCGCCCUCUCACUCGCCGAGCUGGCCUCGCGAUAUCCCACCUCCGCAGGCCCCUACUACUGGUCCUUCCAGCUCGCACCGCAAAAAGCCAAAACGAUCGUGUCGUUCAUUAAUGGCUGGAUCUGGUUGAUUGGGAAUUGGACCAUCACGCUGUCCGUCAACUUUGGCUUUGCGUCCAUGAUGUCCGGCACCAUCUCCAUGUACCACCCGGAUUGGUCCGCCAAUGCCUGGCAGCUGUUGCUUAUCUUCUACGGAAUCUGUCUGGCGUCCCUGCUCAUCUGCACCUUUGCCAAUCGUUUCCUGCCCAUGGUCGACACCAUCUGCGCGGGCUGGCUGGCCGUCAGCAUCUUGAUCAUUAUGAUUGCGCUGUCCGUGAAGGCGGAUGCGGGCCGACACAGUGCCGCAUACGCACUUGGCCAUUACGAUACCAGCCUGUCCGGAUGGGCGGGUUCACCUUCUUCAUCGGCGAUAAGUCUCUGCGUCCCUGUGGCUGGCUUCGCCGGCCUGUUCUUCAUUCUGCCCAUCUGCUUCACGCUGCCCCCUCUCCAGGAUGACAUCCAGGCUCCGGCAGGUCAGGUGGUGCCGUACAUCUUCCACAGGGUCAUGGGCAGCCCAGAAGGCGGACUGGGGCUGAUGUUUCUGGUUCUGGUCGUCUGCUUGUUCUGCUCAAUCAGCAUCUCGGUGGCAUCUUCCCGGGCGACAUGGGCCUUUGCCCGGGACGACGCAAUGCCGCUGGCGAAGGUCUGGGCGCGCAUCGACCCCCGGCUCGGAGUCCCCGUGUGGUCGCUGGUCCUGCAGACGGUCGUCCAGAUGCUGCUAGGACUAAUCAAUCUGGGCAGCUCGAGCGCCUUCACGGCGUUCGCGUCCGUCGGCGUCGUCGGGCUGGCCGUCAGCUAUGCGAUCCCGAUCGGCGCGAGUCUGGUGCGUCGGCGGGAAGAGGUCAACAAGGCAGUUUUCAACUGCGGUCCGGUGCUAGGUGCCAUCAUCAAUGUCGUCGCGCUGGCAUGGAUCUCAUUUGAGCUGGUGCUCUUCUGCAUGCCGACGGCGCUGCCCGUCACGGCGACGUCGAUGAACUACGCCUCAGUGGUGUUUGUCGGGUUCUUGAUGAUCUCGGCGGUGUGGUACCUAAAGAUAAGUCAGAUCUGGUCCUGGUCCCAUCGGGUCGAGUCAAGUGACACACAGCGUAUGCGUAUACGUAUGCAGUAUCUGCAUAGGGAUUUACCUGCCCGGACGCCCUCGGACGCCCACAGACGCCCUCGGAUGCCCACGGACACCCACGCCCUCGGCUACUUGGGACACCCCGGCCUUCCCGCCCAGGUCUGCCCAGGUUUAUCCCGCCCGGAUCGAUUUGUGCAGGGAGUGAUUUGUCGCUGUCGCCCUCUCGGCCCAGGUCACCAGCCCAGGUUAUCGGCCCGGUUCGAUUUUGUGUCCCUUUGUCCCGCCCAAGGUUAA